AAAGAAAGUGUCUUCUGACUAGGAUGUUUAUUAAAGAAAUUGACUCAUGCAAAAUGGGAUGAUUUCAUGUCCUACUGGAUGUAUAAAAGAGGAAAAGCUGUAGAUUUUGGUCAGUACUUCGAGAUCGUCAGGUCGAGUUCGGUGACUUCCAUUUUCCAGAGCGGUAUCUACCAGUGGAGUAUAGUCUAACAAAGUCCAUAUCCUCAAUUCAAGUCGAUAUUCCUAAGAACCAAGAGGUGAAGAAUCAUGGCUUCAGGCAUCACUGUUACAGAUGAAGUGGUCGCAGCUUACGACGAGGUGAAACAAAAACACUUGUACAAGUACGUGACGUUCAGGGUGUCAAACUGCGAGACAAAGAUCAUCGUGGAAAACAAGGUUAAGGAGUCGACUUGGGAGGAAUUCCAGGCCAGUUUCCCGGCUGACGCUGCCUAUUGGAGUGUUUACGACUUUGACUACAAGAACAAGGAGGGUCAGGAUCGUAACAAGUUGAUCCUGGUCAGCUGGUGUCCAGACACCAUUAAGAUCAAGGCCAAGAUGAUGCAUUCCUCGAGCUCCGAUGCCCUUAAGAAGAAGUGUCCGGCCACCCCGAUCCAGGCCAAUGACCGGGACGAGCUCAACUUCGAUGAAGUGAGGGACAAGAUCCUCAAAACAAGCCAGUUUACUAAGUGCCCCAGAUCAAAGCACCAAUUCUCCCUUUUCAUUCUUACCAUGAACCUUUGUUGA